UAUAUAAAAGACAGCAGCGCGUGUGUCUGUGUGUCUGUCUCUAAUCCUCUUGCCAUGAUGUCUCUGAAAGGACUGGUGACCAUCGUCUCUGCCGGGGUCUGGCUUUUGUGCAUGUUCUGUCAACAGACGGAUGCAUAUGGGCCACUGAACCAUGCCUGCUGCGUCAAGUACACUCGCACGCCGCUGGAUUUUAAAGUCAUAAAAGGUUUCGCAGAGCAGAGCUCCCGCGAGGUGUGCCGCAUCGACGCCAUCAUAUUCAUCACCAAGCGUAAUAAGAAGGUGUGUGCCAGUGCAAACGACGAUUGGGUGCGGAACAUCCUAAAACGUCUAAGCAAUAAAAUGAAACAAAUGUCUCAGCAUCCUCAUAACCAGGUCAACCACACCCCAGCUUGGAAUAGCCCCACAGCAGCGUGAAUGUCUCGCCGAGCGUCUUUUUUUUAUAAGCUGCAUUGUUUUAGACUUUCAAAUUUUUCCAUCUUUGUUAUGCUAUAUGCUAUCCAAACAUAUUGCAAAUAAUCAAUAUGCUGAUGCCAUAAACUCUUUGUUUGAAGUGAUUAUGCCAUUGAUCUUUUUGAUAAUUUUAAUCUAUAUCACUUGCAACAGUGAACAGAAUUUUUACAAGCACAAAUACCUACUUAUACCAUUUUGGUACAUAUAUAAAAAUGAAAAAAAAAAAAACAGUAUAUUGUGUUUUACUC